CUGACGUGUUCCACCAACAACUCAUUUUUGGAAUCAAACGUCUUGUGGAGGACAUAACACUUACUAUCGCAGGAAUGGCACCCUCCACCGAACCGGUGGUGAUCGAGACGGCGCACGAAGAUAUGAUUCACGAUGCGCAGUUGGACUAUUAUGGGAAACGGCUGGCAACAUGCUCUUCCGACCGUACUAUUAAGAUAUUUGACGUAGUGGACGGGGAGCCACAGAAGCAAGGCGAGGUGUUGCAAGGUCACACUGGUCCAGUUUGGCAAAUAGCUUGGGCGCAUCCGAAGUACGGAAACAUACUUGCAUCUUGCUCUUACGAUGGUCGUGUGUUUGUGUGGAAGCAUCAGCCUGCCCCGCCACAACAACCUUCUUAUGGUGUGCCGGGAGGAAGCACCUCGCAUUGGACUAGAAUUAAAGAACACAAUCUCCACACCGCGUCCGUCAAUUCUGUCUCAUGGGCACCUCACGAACUGGGCCCCAUCCUUGCAUGCGCCUCCUCUGAUGGUAGACUCUCUGUCUUGACCUUCAAAAAUGAUGGCACUGCAGAUGCCGAUAUAUUCAGCGCUCAUCCUAUUGGGUGCAAUGCUGUUUCAUGGGCGCCAGCAACUGUACCUGGAUCUCUCACGGCAGGCGCGACGCCGAGCCAGCCGCAAUAUAUCCGUCGCUUUGCGAGUGCUGGCUGCGACAACCUCGUUCGCAUCUGGGCCUUCAACGACACGAAUGGCACAUGGAAGGAAGAGGCCAAGCUGGAAGGGCACACAGAUUGGGUUCGGGAUGUUGCCUGGGCGCCUAAUAUUGGCCUUCCUCGGCAAUACAUUGCCACUGCUUCGCAGGAUCGAACUGUUCUGAUUUGGACGCAAGAUAGUCCGCAGGCACCUUGGAACAAAGUGGCCCUCGACCCUUCUGGAUCCACGCAUACAGCAUCUAGUCACAACGCGAGCAAGUUUCCAGAUGUCGUUUGGCGUGUGUCAUGGAGUUUGGCGGGGAAUAUCCUCGCAGUCAGCUGCGGUGACGGCAAGGUAUCCUUGUGGAAAGAGAACCUCAAGGGUUUCUGGGAGUGCGUCAGUGACAUGACUAGUUAAACCUGGCAAUGUUUGAGUCUGCACGUUUGUCCCGUGCAAUUGAAACAUAUUUGUCCGAU